AUGGCCAUCAGGGUGGCACAAAGUCAACAGUCCAGGCCAGAUCCUGACAGAGACAGUGACUCAGACUUGGUGAUCAGUGCCCUCAGCAGACCGCUGGAAGUAGGCAUGCUCUACAAUGCCUGGAGUGAUCAACUCGUACCAGGUCAGCCCUACACGACAUUCCAAGUGGCCGCCUCUGAGACCCUCAGUGACAAGAUGAGUCUGCUGGACGUGAGCGCCUCAGUGAAGGCCAGCUUCCGGGGACUGGUGGAGGUCAGUGGAUCUGCCAGCUACCUCAAUGAGAAGAGAACCUCCGCUCACCAGUGCAGCGUCACACUGAAGUACCAUGUGACUACUGUGUUCAAGGAGCUUAUGAUAAUUGAACUAGAGACUCCCAAUUCAGAGGUGUUUGAUGUGACAGACGCCACCCAUGUCAUCAGUGGUGUGCUCUACGGGGCUGAUGCCUUCAUGGAGUUCCAACAAACAGCCCGUGAUUAUUCAGAGAGAGAUCCCGACCUUGGCCAUCUCUGGGGAAGCAAGUUUUAUGGUGACACUCAACUGAAAAAACUGCUGAAAAAAAAGGCUGUGGAGGUGUACAAAGAACUGCCCAGCCUGAUGGGGGAGAAAGGAGAGAAGGCCGUGCCUGUGAAGGUCUGGCUGUAUCCACUGAGCAAGCUUAUUAACACUAAGCUCAAGCUCAAAAGAGCCAUAUCAGAGACACUAGUGCCAGUAGCAGAGAAGGCCGUGCCUGUGAAGGUCUGGCUGUAUCCACUGAGCAAGCUUAUUAACACUAAGCUCAAGCUCAAAAGAGCCAUAUCAGAGACACUAGUGCCAGUAGCAGAGAAGGCCGUGCCCUGUGAAGGUCUGGCUCUCAAGCUCAAAAGAGCCAUAUCAGAGACACUAGUGCCAGUAGCAGAGAAGGCGUUUGAUGAUUUCCAACAGACUAAGAUAAGAACCAACGAUCUUCUGGAGGUGAGCAGAGAGAUUGAGGCUGAAGACAUCAUCACCAAACUGGAGCAGUUCCAAAGCAGCCUGAGUGUUUUCACCGUUGAGUUCCUGCGGAAAAUGGCAGUUCUGAUCCCAGCCAUCAGAGCAGGCAACGCAGAGGAAACAGCCCUGAGAGACCUCCUGAUGUCCCAAGAUGCAUCUGGCUUCAGUGGGAAAGAAAUGGAGCAAUGGCUGGAUGGAAAGGAGACUGAGAUCAACACUGUCACCAUGUACAGAAAACUAUUACCAGGUUACAUGAUUAAAACUCCUGAGCUCGACACUUUCCUGAUGGACCCAAAAGUCAAAGAUGCCCUUGUGUUCAGCUUCACCUCUCUGAAUGAUGAGGAAGUCUAUCUGAAAAAAAAAAAACCCACACAGGCAGCGGUGAACCUCAGGAGUGGUUCCAACAGUAGCACAUCUAUACAGGACACAACAGAAAAAGCCCCAUGGAUGUGGACUCCAGAGGCAGAAGAGGCUCUAAGAGACUGCUUUGAGUCCACUGACUGGCGUGUACUGCAGGACAGUGGAAACCUUGAGGAGAUCACUGAUUGUACAGCCGACUACCUCAAUUUUUGCAUGGAUGUCGCAGUUCCCACCAAGACUGUGCGCUGCUUCCCAAACAAUAAACCUUGGGUGACUAGCAGCAUGAGAGACCUCAGGGAGGGUAACACGGUGGAGCUGAGGAAUAUUCAGAAGGAGCUGAAGAUAGCAUUGAGGGCUGCUAAGGAGGCGUAUGGGAGGAAAGUGGAGAUGAAAAUGGAGAACAACACAAGGGAGAUGUGGAAGGGCAUCAAAACAAUGACAGGACUACUCAAGUCCUGUGCAGAUGAGCUAGCUGAGCCAUUGCAACACCUCUUCAACAAGAGCCUGCAUGAGGGCAAGGUUCGCCAUGCACUGGACCCCCUACAGUUUGCUUACCAGGAGAAUGUUGGAGUAGAGGAUGCUAUCCUCUAUCUGCUGCACAGGGUGCAUUUACACCUGGACAAAGGAGGCAGGGCUGUGAGAAUCAUGUUCUUUGAUUUCUCCAGUGCCUUCAACACCAUCCAGCCACUCCUGUUGAGAGACAGACUGCUGCAGAUGGGAGUGGAGACCAGGCUGGUGACCUGGAUUACAGACUACCUCACAGAACACUUCAACUACAAUUCAGAUAGCUGCCACUUGCAAAAGUUCUCAGACGACACAGCCAUUGUGGGAUGUAUUAAAGAUGGGCAGGAGGGGGAGUACAGGGGACUGGUGGAGAAAUUCGUCAGGUGGUGCAGGACCAACCAGCUGCAGCUGAACACCACCAAAACGAAGGAAAUGGUGGUUGAUUUCAGACGCAUACCCCACCCCUUGCUGCCUGUCUCAAUUGAGGGGAGACAGUGGAGACAGUCUGCACUUACAAUCUUUAACAUUGUUCACAAGAACAAAGUGAUCAGUUUCAUUUCAGACUCAAAGUACCCAGGAGCUUCAGUUCAGUGGUAUCACAAUGCAGUCCUCAGGAAUCCACAUGCAACAAAUACGACGGAUCUACCACCAUAUCUAUUUACCUGCAAGCUGACAUUGGACCCAAUCACAGAAAACGGCUGGCUAUAUCUGUCCGAGAGGAACAGGAAGGUGACAGUUGGGACGAGGCGGUCAUAUUUUAAUCAUCCAGACAGAUUUGAUAAAAAGGUCCAGGUUUUAAGCAAAGAGCGUCUGCCUGGACGCUGCUACUGGGAGUGUGAGUUCAGUAGUUUUGAGGGCAGUAGCCGCGCACAGGAAGAGGGGACUCUCCACGCACGCUCCACGAGGAAGAGUGACGCUCUCCCAGCACGGACCUGUUGCCGCUUCCGGGCAGAGUUGGCGCAGAAGUUUGAAACUGAGUCUGUGUUCGUGUGA